GUGUCCACACCCCCACCUGCAUCUCCCAGCCCCAGGUCAAUUUCACAGACAGGUGCUCAGCGAGAUGCCCCCGCACCCCUCAUGCUCCCUCCCCAUCCUCCUCCUUUGCCUUCUCCCCUGUGUCCCAGUGGAAUCCCAUCCCCCACCCUCACCACUGCCCCCAUUUCCAGCCCCUGAGUGGGACCUCCUUUCUCCCCGAGUAGUCCUGUCCAGGGGCACCCCCGCGGGCCCUCCUCUGCUCUUUCUGCUGGAGGCCAGUGCCUUCGGGGAGCCAGCAGGCAGCCCAGCUAACCGAAGUAGGCGAGGAGUGAGCGAGACAGCACCAGCGAGUCGCCGGGGAGAGCUGGCUGUGUGUGAUGCAGUCAGUAGCUGGGUGACAGACCGCCGGACAGCUGUGGACCUGCGUGGGCGCGAGGUGGAGGUGCUCGGCGAGGUGCCUGCAGCUGGCGGCAGUCCCCUUCGCCAGUACUUCUUUGAGACUCGGUGCAAGACUGACAGCACUGGGGAAGGUGGCCCCGAAGGAGGUGGAGGGGGCUGCCGGGGUGUGGACCGGAGGCACUGGGUGUCUGAGUGUAAGGCCAAACAAUCCUAUGUGCGGGCAUUGACCACUGAUGCCCAGGGCCGUGUGGGCUGGCGAUGGAUUCGAAUUGACACUGCCUGCGUCUGCACACUCCUCAGUCGGACUGGCCGGGCCUGAGGCCCAUGCCUGGGAAUUGGGCAACCAGAGGAAGAGAGCUGGAUGCUAAGGGACAUCAGGGGUGGCCUGGCUGCUCUGGGCCUCAGUUUGGUAACUUGUCAAAUGGUCACAAAGUCACAGCUCCCUGAUCUUGAGAGCUCAAUCUGUGCAAGACAGGUGGUAAAACCAAAUGGGGUUUUGAAGGAUGAAUAGGAGUUCUCGGAUAAACUCGAGGGUGAUGAUGAUGAUGAUGACAGCCAAUGUUUUGAGUGCCUACUGUUUAUCAGCUCUAAUACACAACUUGUCAGACCAACUGUGGUGAAUUUGGCCAUUGGAGGCCCUUGGCAUCUAAGUUGCUGACCAUGGAUCUCAGCGGACAUCACCUCGCCCAUUCUGGAGUGAAUGACAAGGGGAUAUGUCAAGAAGAGGGUGGGGGAGCAUAAAAACUGGAAUAUGUAAGCAACAAGCUGGGAGCUAGGGUUCGAAUGGGAAAUUUACUUGGUCAGAUGGGGCAAGAAUUUAUUUUGAGGUAGUGAGCUACCCAUCACAGUAGGAGCUCAAGAAAGGUUGAAUGAUAGGUCAGGAUGCUAGAGAAUUUGGCCUUGGUGGGGAGUUGGAGUCAGGUUUCUACCACCCUUCCCUGUCCCAACCUUUACCUCACAUUGGGAAAGAAAUAAACCUUAAAUUUGUCCAGCUUGAGUAGGGCAUGAGGUUCUGACCAAGGCUAGGAUCGGGGGUCAUUUGGAGACUGAUAGACCUUGAGUGGGCCAGGAAAAUCCAAUAGGAGAAGGGGUGCCAAAGCCUCAAUGAGGGUGUCAGUGGGACCCUGGGCCAGGCUGCAAAAGGCAACCAGUUUUCUCUGUCUGAAGAAUGGGUUGGUGGGAUGAGAUAAUUGGGACUGAGGAGGCAGAGGACUUGACCAAAAGGUCUUUAAAGUGAGGAAGUGACAAGAGAAAUCAGAGGCAGACCCAUUCUCAGGACACCCCUUCAUGAAUUACCACUCCUUAUCUCAUAAACGUUGUUUUAGGACCAGCUUUGGGCUAAGGACAUAGAAAUCCUAGACCCCCACCAACACAGAAUGGACCCCUGGGAAAGGUGCGGGGAGCAGGGCAGGGCAGGGCAGGGUCUGGCUGCCUCUGUUUCUACAUCUCUGUUCUAGGUCUGCAGUUUCCACUCCCUUUUUUGCUGCUUCCCUGUCUCUCCGUGUAACUUCCCAUCUUGUCUCUGGGUGGAAGUUUUCAAUCAAAUCAAAGGCAGCAGGACAGACGAAACCCACGUUGAUGCUGAUUCCUUCAGCUCACACAAGGGAGGGGAGCCUAGAGAAGUCUGGAAAUCGUUACUCCUGAGAUGGGCAGGCCUG